AUGGCCGGAAAGCUUACUCAAAGGUUCGCGAAGAGCAGUAGAAAGCCAGCUAAGGACAAUGGCAAAGUGAUAACAAGAAACACCCAUACUAAAAAGCGUAUUGUGAAGCCCAAAAGACAAACUCAAAGCACACGCGAUGAGGAAAAGCGAAAUUUGAAUGUUGUUGGAGCCAACGAGCUAAAAUGGAAGUCCGUUGAAAUUCCUGACACAAUGGACGACUUUGGGGGAUUUUACGGCCUUGAAGAAAUCGAUGGCGUUGACGUCAAAGUGGUCAACGGAAAAGUUCAGUUUAUAACUCGCAAUGAUAGUAAUAUCAAAGGGCCUGAACCUGAGGAACCCAGUUCCCAAGGAGAGGUAGAGCCUUCAGAUGGCCAAGAAAUGGAAGAGCUUGUUGAGUUCAAAAACUUUGAUGACUUCGAGGAGGGCGAACUAAGUGCAGCAUCGUCAAACGGUGAAGACAACGAGAAUUACAGCGACAACGAGCUCGGUCAAGAAGAAAGCGAAAAUGCAGGUGAGCAGAAGCAGGAACAAAAUCACGAAGAAAGCGAAGCUAAUGCAUCAGGCGCGAUUAUGGAAGAUAAUGCUGCGGAUGGUGAACUUGAAACUAACAUCUUCGGAGCAGAACUCAGCAUUCCCGAUAAUGUUGAGCCCGAUUUAUUACCACAGUGGACAGAGACCAUGAACUUGUCGAUGACUACUUUGCAAGGGCUCGCAGCCCAGGGCUUCACAAAGCCCACUGACAUUCAAUCCAUGACUAUUCCCCCCGCUUUAGAAGGCAAAGAUAUUAUGGGCAAAGCCUCCACUGGUUCCGGUAAAACUCUUGCUUAUGGCAUUCCUAUUUUGGAGAGACUAGUUGCAGACAGAACCACCGAUAAAACUGUAGGACUCAUUUUCACGCCUACAAGAGAACUAGCACACCAGGUCACGCAACAUCUGCAGAAGCUCGCUUGUGUUAUUAUCAAAAAGUCUCCUUAUGCCAUCAUAUCCCUCACUGGUGGGCUUUCGAUUCAAAAACAAGAGCGAUUACUGAAAUAUGAUGGAUGUGCCAGAAUUGUUGUAGCUACGCCCGGUCGUUUUCUGGAAAUGUUAGAGCGGGAUCCAAAACUAAUUGACAGAUUCUCUCAGACAGACUGCCUAGUGCUUGACGAAGUGGAUAGAUUGCUACAAGAUGGGCACUUCGAGGAGUUCGACAAGAUCUUGAAACACCUUGGAAAGGCUAGAAACAUGAAAAAAAAGGUAAAAAGCGAAUUCGCGGGCACAGGAUGGCAGACUAUGGUUUUCUCAGCGACCUUUUCGGUGGACCUCUUCAAUAAAUUGUCAACAACUUCCUGGAAAAAAGUCGGCGGCGGUAAGGAUGAUGACGAAAUGGAACUUUCCCUCAAGCAUUUGAUGACAAAAAUACACUUCAGAUCAAAGCCCGUGAUAAUCGAUGCAGAUCCAGACCACAAAAUACACUCAAAGAUUAAGGAGUCUUUAAUUGAAUGCCUACCAACCGAAAGGGAUCUUUUUGCAUAUUACUUUUUGACCGUGUACCCUGGUUCAACUCUGAUUUUUUGCAAUGCGAUUGAUUCAGUUAAAAAGCUCAAUGCGUAUCUUAACUUCCUUCAGGUCUCAUCGUUCCAGAUUCAUUCUUCAAUGACACAAAAGAACCGUUUGAAGAACUUGGAAAAGUUUCAACAAAAUGUCCUGGCAAACAAAGGGAAGGGAAAGGCCACUGUUCUGAUAGCCAGUGAUGUUGCAGCAAGAGGACUUGAUAUUCCGGGAAUAAACCAUGUUGUUCACUACCACCUGCCAAGAAGUGCUGAUGUGUACAUUCACAGGUCAGGUAGAACAGCUCGUGGUGACCAAGAGGGUGUCUCUGUUAUGAUCUGCUCUCCCCAGGAGGCUAUGGGGCCUCUGCGAAAACUUAGAAAAGUACUUGCAUCGAAGUCCGCAACAAGUUAUGGCAAAAAAUGGCAAAAGGAUGUUCCCGUUUUCCCAAUUGAGCCCAGUAUCCUUUCUCAGCUUCGUGAGCGAGGUUCUAUGGCCAACACUCUUGCAGAGGACCAGCUGGCAACAAGAUCUUUGAGCAAGGACGAAAACUGGCUGAAAAAAGCCGCCGACGACUUGGGAAUUGAAUUGGAUUCCGAAGAUGAAGAGAAAGACGUUAUUCUAGCCAAGAACAAGUUUAAGAAACAGAACAAGCAACUGGGGAAGGUACAAUUGAGGUCUUUGCAACAUGAAUUGAAAGAGUUGCUUCAGAAUCCUAUAAGAAAAGAUUUGAGAAAAAGCUAUCUAACAGGCGGCUUGACAAACCUUGCGGACGACAUUGUCAAAAACAGAGGACACUCCACUAUUAUAGGGCAAGAUAGACUUGAAGCUCUGGACCUUCUAAAAACAAAAAAUCGGAAAUAA